AACGAAUAUUCGCGGAUAGCCGUUGGCUCUGAAGAGUUCUUGGAGGAGCUUCGCUAAUAACAGACCUGACUCGCUUGGGCCAAUCAUGAGGCAACAACAGCUGCGGCCUCGAGGAUGGCCAUCUGAGGACUCAACUGGGUCCCGGUUUGAAACGAGUUUCAUAUUGGCGGUGGUUUAUUUAUGACAUAGCCUUUUAGGCAAUCUCAUUUGUGUGAGAUGCGAGAUUCCCUCAGCGUGCACUCAUACAUUUGGUCGCUUGUAACACGAGACAGACGGCGACCUGAAGGUCAUGCCAGUAGCCGCUCCCGAUCUCAUCUGCAGUCGGGUUGACUCGGAUAAGCGCCUCGUGUUUGAAGGAGCGCGCCGGCUAAUUUUCUCACUGCAAGAUUCAAAAACGUUUGAACGAUCGGUGAGCGCCCCCUACCAUUGUAUAUUCCCGAUCGAAAACCGACAGGGCGACGGGCUCGUGGCACAGUGGUUAGGGGCGUGGACUUCUGAAUAACACGUCGCGAGUUCGAGCCUCGGGUAUACCACACUUCGGGCUUGGGUAUGGCUGGCUGACGACGGCUAAUAAGCCAGAAAUGGCCAUUCCAGUCUCCCUUGUCUUUGUCGGUAAUACUAUUCUGCCAUACACCUUUUUUUAGUUAUCAUGAUGGACCAUUGGUCGUAGCUCGGAAGGUUGCCAACUAACGGGUCAAGUCGGUCCAAUUCAGGGCCUGUCGAAGUCAGACCGACAAAGACAAGGGAGACCGGAAUGGCCGUUUCUAACUUGUUAGCCGUCGUCAGCCAGUCAUGCCCAACCCCGAAGUGUGGCACACCUACAGUAGGUGGGCUGACUCAUGAAAUGUCAACCGAAAUUCCGAAAUUCGUUUUCGUUCCUAAAAGAUUAAUUAAGUAGAGCUGUAAAAGUAAUUAUUGUGCAGCAUGAUUGUAUGUUAAUUCGGUUACCCCAGGAUGCCGACCUUCGAAUAAACUUCUUUCCAGCUGCAUGCAGAAACCAUACUUUGCAAAAAAUGACUACUUAAGUGGCAUGCAUUUUUCUCAUUGAUUUUCAAUGCCGUUAAAAACUCAAUUAUAUUUCGUGUUAAACAUGCAUAAAAUAUUUACCCUUUUGCUAAUUCGGUAGAAAAUGACGUUUUCUUCUUGUUUUAUACUCGAAGGAAGGUUAUAAUUCGGUUUCUAAGAACUUUUCCAAUUCCCGAAUGAUUUUGGACCCGAUCAGCCGUUGCAGUUGCAUUCAGGGUUUCCAUACUACAUGCCGUAUAUUUUCCGUGUACGGAAAACCAUAAAUUUCUCUACGGUUUUAAGAGGAGACAGUAUGCGGUUCAUAAAAUUUAGCAGUUGAUAUGAGCUAUGUUCUAAACUAUACAGGCCACAUUGGCAAAAUCCGGUGAUGUGACGUUUUAUGAAUGAUCGUUUCACGGUAUUAAAAAAUCUCAUAAUUAUAAACUUUUUAUAAACUUUGAAUAUAAAAUUGGAAGAAGACGUAGUUUUCUACCGAAUGAGCGAAAGAAUUAAUAUUUUUAUGCAUGUUUCACGCGAAAUAUGAUUGAAUUUUUAAGGCAAUCGCAAAUCAAUGAGAAUAAUGCAUGCCACAUAAGUAGUCAUUUUUUACUGAGUGUAGUUCUUUCAUGCAGCCAGGAAGAAGUUCCUUCGAAAGCAAGCAUGAAUUACUAUAGAAUUAUGCUGCACGAUUAUUAAUUUUACUGCCCUACUUAACUAAUCUUUUCGAAACGAAAACACAUUUCGGAAUUUCGGUUGACAUCUCAUGAGUUAGCCCACCUACUGUAGAGCUCGAUCCGGCACAACGGGACGAGUAAAUUCCGUAAAAUGAUCUGUGAGCACCCCCCCUCUGGCAUUGUAUAUUUCCGACGCAACCGACAAGACAACGGGCUCGUGACUCAGUGGUUAGACGCGUGGACUUCUAACAGGUCGUGGGAUCGAGCUCCAGGUGUUCCAUACUUCGGGGUUGGGGGUGACUGGCUGACGACGGCCAAUAAGCCAGAAACGGCCGUUCCAGUCUCCCUUGUCUUUAUCGGCAAUACUAUUCUGCCUAUAUCAUGCGCCGCUGCGCGGCUGCUGGUUGGGCUCGAGAGAGGGAGAGAGCCCGUAAGGCAAAACGGGGCGAGUGAGUUCCAAAAAAAACCAUCGGUGAGCGUCCCCUCUACUACUACGGGUUGUAUUGGACACUGUGAUUCACGAGGGAUUCCGUCGCUGUUGAUUGAUUGAAUUGCAGAUCUGACACACAGGAGGGUGUCACAACGGCUACAUCAAGAAAGGGCCUCUGCAGUCUGGCCCUCGAUCUUACAGUGCACCGAGUUAUGGCGUGAGCUGACCGCCUUAGUAACGCUACUGUUGCUGCUGCGUGAUGGUUUACUACGAGUCAGGUCUAAGCUAGUGAGGAAUGCGAUGGAUCGCCACAAGCAGGAAUGCCCUAGAAUCAAUCUAUCUCCCCAUCGUAACCCAUUCUCAUUCAUCAAUGACCUGUCCGAUUCAGUCAGCUACACGCGUGUACGGCAGUACCCAAGGACCCCAUAGCGCACAUAUAGUCGUAGCUAUGAAGUUUGUCAUCUGGCGGGAUAAGACUGGUGGACAGAAUGUCAGGCCGCAAUGUCUCCUUCACAAUGGGGUCUCUGUAGCACUCUCACGCAUGUGAGCUCCGAACCCACAGAAGCCUGCUGCAGGAAGCAGGUCGUGCGUGGCACGCGUAGACGGAUCGUUUAUUUUUGUCCGCCGUUGUACCCACGCUCACCCCCGGUUGUCCCUAUAUCGUCUUGUCACCAGAUCAAGAUAUGUGGGAGAGGGUGCAAUAGGUGCGGCAAAAGUCAGUUUUGAAUCACUGCCCUACUCCUCCCGUAUCGCCGUGGAUUAAUCGAAUCAUGGGUCGCACACAUGCGAGGGCGUCGCAACGGCUAAAUCAGAAGGGCGUCAUUGCUGUCUGAUCUACGAACGAAUGAUAACAUGAACUGGCCACCUUCGAAACCGCGACUGUUGGUGCCGCGGGGUAUUUGAACGUGAGUUAGGUUUGUUAUAACUAGGAAUGGGUUAGUUUGUUAUGAGCAGGGUUCCCCUAGGGUUUGUCUCUCUCCCUCUCACCUCUUUCUCUCAUCCGGUAGUGACUUGUCUGAUUCUUUCUAUCGAGGGAUGAGUAGACUGAAUGUGAACCUCGGUCUAAUACUUUCCAUAGACGUUGGUGUACAGGCGAUGAUUUUCUCGUCUCUUCAUACAUGUUUUGUGCGCAUAUGCCCGGUAAGGAUCAGACGUCGUCUGAAUCAGCCUAUCAGUGUGAGUAUUAGCGAUAAAUGACUUUUUAAUGUUCAGUGACCUGUAUGUCGUGUGGCCUAUUUGACCUAUCUGGUGAUUUGCCAGUAGAAGCGAAGAGACGAGUCCCAGGAAGCAACAGUUAGAGUCGCUGGUCUUCCAGCACCCCAGACCGAACUUCUGAGCGUGGUAUGUGGAUAAUGGAUUUGUCGGUAUCAGCCGGAAUCAACUGUGGACAUUUAAAGAACGUCUCAAUGCGAUCUUUUCGGGCAUACAACUUACUAUGAAAGAAGAAGAGAACAACCAGUUGACCUUCCUGGACGUUCUCAUGUGCCGCAAAGAUUGUGGUGGCUUAAAGACCAAAGCGACAAAUACGACGCAAGUACUGAAUUUCAACAGCAACCACCCAAUCAGCCACAAACGCAGUUGUGUAAGGACGCUCUAUCGGCGUGUUGAGACGCACUGCAGUGAGCCGGAAGACAAGACUGUCGAACUACUAUACCUCCGACGGGUCUUCGAAGCCAAUGGCUGCCCGCGUAACUUCGUCAACCGGUGCAUACGCAAAAGGGACGGAAGGCCAAACCGCACGGACCCCAAAUUUUGGCGAGCGCCUCCAUAUGUCAAGAACAUUUCGGAAGCUUUCGGCCGCCUUCUUGCACCACUUGGGGUUGGAGUUGCACGCAGACCGGAGGCAACUAUCAGGCGUCAGAUAAUGAAACCGAAAGACCCGCUGCCACGACGAGAAUCCUAUCGUGUCGUUUAUCGGAUCUGGUGCAGUUGCAGACAAAGCAACUGCGUCGGAGAAACCGGAAGACAAGUCCAAACGCAAAUGGCCAAACAGGCUGCGGCAAUGCGGAUAAAUGACGCCAGCUCUCCAGUUGCGGCUCAUUCAACGAGAUCCGGCCACAAAUUCAGAUUCUUGCAAGAGGUGACAACCGCUUCAGCCGCGAGCUGCUUGAGUCAUAGUUCACUGGUCCCCAGUCUACUAACAAGUGCAUUGACCUUCCAUACUCGGUGCUGAGACUUUGUCUAUGCGAGGUAAUUAGCCACGCGGGGAGCGCACAGGUGAACUCUGGUCCCAACACCAGGGUCGGUGGGUCAGAUGGUUGAGCAAUCAUCACACCAACAUAUAACAUCCAUGGUGAAGUUGCAGCAAUUAACGACGCGAAUGUUGGCCAUCACACCACGUGCAACGAUCCCUGAUGAAGGAGGAGGACCGUGAAUAUUCAUAGGUAUGCGGUUGCAUGGCGACUGCAUCCUAUAAAUACUGCAGCCCCUUGUGCAUGGAUCACUUGUAUCUGUUUUUUUGUCUCUGAUGAUGGGUUCGAGCAGGAAUCCGGAACGUCAGGCGAAUAAAGCUCUUGUCCCAGCGAUCGCGUCUCCUUCUUCAAGACUACUUCCUGGGACUCGUCUCUUCACUUCUAUUGGUAUUCAGGAUAGCUGCCGCUUCUCACUGUUCCUCGGCUUGGUGUUCUGUCUCCAUCUGUCUCGUGCGUUAGGUGCGGAGUGCCUGGGGACAGGCAGCCACUUUGUCCCCACCUUCACAGUUCUCCUACCUCUCAUGUGUGCUAGUGACCUAUCCAGGCCUGUCGGCCGACUGUGAACGAGAUUUUACGAAACGCCUGGCGUCCCUUAGGACCCACGUCCACACGCUUGUCAUUGCAGACGCUGGCAAACCUCAUUUGGAGGUUGAUAUGCGAGGAACCGGAAGUUUCCACGCAGCGACUGCAUGGCUGAGAACAAAGUGAGCUUGCGCAGUUUUCCCUAUUAUAGCAGCCGUUGUCACGUGGGGCCAUACAGUCCGAUAGGCCAAGUCUGUGGCUGAACUCGAGGGUGCAGUGUGGACGACGAUGUUGUUAGGCGUGCAUGUUAGUUGAACUUCAGUAACUGGUUUUAUAGGCACGCUACGGUGAGUUCGUAGGUGAUCGACCGGACCAGUGCGCAAUUUGAAUAUGCGGUAUCAAUGUUCACAAGUUGGCUCUGGGGCCAUAUUGCCACUGGUGAUGACUGUGGGGGCGUUUUUUGAGUUGCUGUUGUUGCAGAUGACAAUUUGUUGCGUCCUUGUAAAAUCUGGCGGGAUUUGCCUAUAUCGCCACAGUGCAGUAUAUGUCACCUGCACGCCCACACACACAAAUGCACGCCUUCUCCUCCGCUCCACCGCGCUGGGUGCCAUAAACGACCUUUUGGGCGUUGCCCGGUAGGCACAUUCACGCAGAAUGCCGAGCACAGAUAGGCAGCCUGUUUAUGUUACGCCUAUCGAUUAUUCCGGCAGUAGUGAAGUCCACUUUUUAUAACUGCCAGCAAUGAUUACCUUCCCAUGCACCCUUUUCCCUGAAAAUAUCCAUAACACCCUCUAGAACUCCUUUAGACUUGAUGCCUCUAUCUGAAGAAGUCGGAGGCAGUUUAAAACCCUCCCCACACCCCAUUUUUUACACGUCAGACUAACAUAAAUAACUGCAUUAGCAUGGCCGCCAUGUUGGUCAUCCCACAUUGAAGAAGUAUUAAUUACCAAGUUUUUUGUAAAUGUAGAAAAUGGCGGGGUGAGAAUUUCGGCUGCCUGGCUGUGAUCGUUAAAAGCUCUUCCUAUUUUCUGAUACUAUAGCUCUGUGUCCCCAGAAUUGCCAUGUUAGAUCAAAAAUCGGGGUCAUAAAGCACGUGUGUGUGUUUCCCCCAAACGGGCCACGUAGUAAAUGCGUUGGACUAACACGGGGGCCAUAUUGGAUCCUGUCAGGCGUUAUCGGCUUUGCGCAUCACAACAAAUGCCAACAUUUCGGGGUGCGCUGGCGGACCCGGUUGCCGGCAGACGUCGCGCACACUGGGACCCCUGCCGCCCCCCCCCCCCACUGUUUUUGUUGGUCAAAAACCUGCAUAUAGGAUAGGAGACGCUCAUCGAUCGUUCUUACGGAACUCACUUGUUCCGUUGUGCCUUAUGGACUCUCUCUCUCUCGAGCCCAAUCAGCAGCUGCACAGCGGCGCAUGAUAUAGACAGAAUGAUAUUACCGACAAAGACAAGGGAGACUGGAAUGGCCAUUUCUGGCUUAUUAGCAGUCGUCAGCCAGUCAUACCCAACCGUUGUAUAUUCCCGAUCGAAAACCGACAGGACAACGGGCUCGUGGCCCAGUGGUUAGAGGCGUGGACUUCUAACAAACAGGUCUCGAGUUCGAACCUCGGGUGUGCCACACUUCGGGGUUGGAUAUGACUGGCUUACGACGGCUAAUAAGCCAGAAAUGGCCAUUCCAGUCUCCCUUGUCUUUGUCGGUAAUAUCAUUCUACUUGCUCAUAUGCUGUUUGGAUCAGGAGGUAUGGAGUGGAGCGCCAAGGUGCGGGCUUGAUCGUGCCGUUCACCUGCGUCCUCCCCCCCGACUCCGGUCUUCUUGACACCGUCUUCACACUGGGUCCAGGUGGGGAGUGGGGAAGUGAGAGUGCGGUACAUGCUGCGCAAGUACACCACCAUCACUAUAAACUAACUCACGCUCAAGUCACCGUGUCUGAGCACCUUACUGUGUAGCAUACGGUGGACAUCGUCGGAAUCGACGGUCGAGCUGUCGUGUGUUUGACCCUAAAACCGGCAGGAUGGUAGAUGCAUUGGACCAACACGGAGUCCGACAGGCUUUAUCGGGAAUUCAAAAGAUAAAGAUGCGAUCACCGGAACAAGAAAUUUAUUUGCCUGACGUUUCGGAUCCUUAAUCAAAUCCAUCAUCAGAGACAUUAGCAGAUAAAGGUGAUUGUGGCAUCAGGAGUGCAGUAUUUAUAGCACGUGGCUGCCGUGGGACCGCAUGCGCACUGCAAUUAACAGUUCUCGUAAUCACCGCUGGGGCCGUAAUUGAUGCGGUGGUGGCUUGUCAGUCCGCGUCCGAGUCGUUGAUGGCCGUGAUUUCGUCAUCCGUGCUGGAUGCUGGUGUGACGAUGGCUCGGCAAACUGGCUCACUGUCACCGUGAUGAUUGCUCGCCCGCGCCCUCCCCACGUGACUGAUUCUCCUGCCCAAGGAAAAUCGCAGUACGCUAUAGGGUACCGGGAGGUCAUUGUGCUUGUUGAUGGAUUGCGGGCCUGAGAACCAUGACUCGAGCAGCUCGCGGCUCACGCGGUUGUCACCUCUUGCGAGGAUUUCGGCCUCUUGAAAUUUGAAAAUAUGGCCGGGUCCCGUCGAGUGUGCCGCCACCUGAGAGUUAGCGUCUCCUCGCCUCACUGCUGCUGCGUGCUCGGCAAUUCGCGUACGGAGUGCCCACCUACAACAAACGCCAACGUUGGGGGUGUGAUGGGAGGCUCAUGCCACACCAAUUUAGGAUCCUGAACGCUACCCUGUUUGUGUUGCUGUAAGAAAAAUCUUGGUCAGCAUAUGUUGUGAACCAGAGGAUAUGGUGGCACGCCUAGGUGCGGGUUGUCGCCGUGCCAGCCACCUGCGGCCUCUCUCGCUCCUGGUCUUCUUCACCCUGUCUUGACACUGGAUCCAGGUGGGGGAGGCGGAGAGAGUGUGGUAGAUGCCGCGAGAAUAUACUGUCUCCAUAAACUAAUUCACUCGCAAAUCACCGUCCCUACCCUCACCCUGCUGUGGAGCACACAGUGAACAUCGUCAGUCACGAACUGGUCGAACUGUCGUGUGCGACUUGCCUGUUUUCUGCCGCCGUUCCUCCCGGCGACAUGUAUGAAUCCACUGGUCUUAUCUCUCUGACUAAUCUUAACGCCGUGAGCGACAAUGACUUCAGGCGACAGGAUGACCCGUCGUCCCCUUCACGGCCUGGAGUAGGUCAAGCCCUGUCAGUGCUUUUCACCCCGCCCACCCCCCACCCCACUCAAAGGUCACCUCUCCUCUCCAUCCCCCACCAUUACUGGCAGGGCACACCGGCCCGAGUCAACCUGCGUCGACGCCUACGCAGGUCGGGGGGGGGUUUAAAUAUUAGGGUCAUCCCAAUGGCCCCCACUUCCUGCCGGUCCCGGUGCCGUUUCCUUCCUAAGUCCCGUUUGCCCUGCAACUCCAGCCUCGCAUUUGUCACUAAGCUCCAGACCAUCGUCAACUUCAAGCGGUGAAUCACACUACUGAAUUAUAUAAGUAGAAGUGACAGGCUUUGUGUAGUGGGAGGUCGCAUGCUCUUCAGUUAAUCUUAACUUUAUCCUGAUUUCUUGCCCUAGGUUACGCCGACGGUCACCUUGCGCUCUACCUGACUCAUCGUCAGUCCCCGAUCUUCACCUGGAAGGCGACUGAAGGCCAGACUAGAGCUGGGGGUACCGAGGGUCAACCGGACUCUUGCCCGGAUGUCGAGGCAGGCGGAGUGAAGAAGGUCAUUUGGUCGAACCAUCGACCCACCGUCUUCUACUGUCUCACGAGCGUCGGCGAGGUGGCAGCCUGGAUCCUCUUUUGGCGCCUGAAACAGUGCUUCAACCCCCACGCCCAGACCCUGAUCGCAGCUGUGCCGAGCGGUGGAGCUGAUCACAGAGUGGUCGACUUCACUAUGGUUGACUCUGUCGGCACUGGAUGUCUGGCCAUCUGCUGGUCUGACGGCGCAGAAGUGCACUGGCUGGAGGAUCAUCUGACUGUCUUGCAGGCGGACGAAUUGCUUCUCCUCCAGAACGUGCUCGACCAACUCGCGUAG